AAUAGUUUGGUGGAAUUCUAUCACUAUUAGUUCUUACCUUUUUUUUUCUUUUUUCUUUUUUGGUUCUUACUUCUUAAUAGGUCUCUGUCUUCUCACGUCUAUCUCCUCUCCGACUUUUGUACGUAGCAUUGACUCGUCCAUCAGCUCAACUGAAUAUAGGACUAAUUUUUUGCCCUCAGUAAUUGAUUUCUGGGCAACCCUUUAAGCCUUUUGGCAAUCAGCUUUUGGGUUUGAGGUGGUGCUCAGAUAUCUUGAAGACUUUCACAUGCCAGACAUCUGGAAUCAAGGUUAAUGAUUGUGUAAAGCACUGGUUUUACAAGGACAUCUGUUCAAGAACAUUCAACUAACUGACUUAAGCCUCCUGGAUAUGCGUGAUCGUCAUUCCUAGAACUGGGAAAAAAUGGGAUCUUCAAAGUUUCCUCUGCGCUAUGGGAUUGUACUCUUGACCUUCGUCUGUACUUUUGUUUGCUAUAUUGAACGUGUGGGCUUCUCAAUAGCAUACACAAUUGCAGCUGAUGCUGCAGACAUAAAUCAGACAAGCAAAGGCAUGAUACUUUCAACAUUCUAUUACGGCUAUGCCUGUUCACAAGUACCUGGAGGUUGGGCAGCUCAGAAAAUUGGUGGUAGGCUUGUUCUCCUCUUCUCAUUUGUCUUGUGGUCUCUAACCUGUGCUUUGAUGCCUCUUGAUCCAAAUCGAGUGACAGUGUUGGUGAUAGCUCGCCUGCUUGUUGGUGUGGCCCAGGGAUUCAUCUUUCCUUCCAUCCACACUGUCCUAGCCCAGUGGGUGCCGCCACAUGAGAGAUCACGGUCUGUUUCUCUUACAACAUCUGGGAUGUAUUUUGGCGCUGCAGCUGGAAUGCUAGUGCUUCCAAGCCUGGUGAAGUUCAAGGGUCCUCAAUCUGUAUUUGUUGCUGAAGCGGCUCUUGGUGCAUCAUGGUCUCUACUAUGGCUCAAGUAUGCCAGUGAUCCACUACGUUCUGAGCAUCCAAAAGCAACUGCUGCUGGUUUUGGUGAAUCCCUGCUACCUAUUAAAGGGGGUCAAAAGACAAAGGUAGAGAAUGGAGGACAUUCCAUCAGAACACCCAAAAUUCCAUGGAAAAAAAUUAUCCUUAGCCUCCCAGUGUGGGCAAUUGUCGUUAAUAAUUUCACUUUCCAUUAUGCUCUCUACGUGCUUAUGAACUGGCUACCUACAUACUUUGAAUUAGGCCUUCAGCUCAGCCUUCAAGAAAUGGGUUCUUCAAAGAUGAUGCCUUAUUUUAACAUGUUUUUAUUCUCAAAUAUUGGUGGAGUGAUUGCUGAUCACUUGGUCACAAGGAGAAUCUUGUCUAUAACAAGAACAAGAAAGCUUUUGAAUACUGUUGGAUUUAUUGUGGCUUCAUUUGCAUUAAUAGUUCUUCCUUACUUCAGAACCUCUGGUGGAGUUGUGUUUUGUUCUUCUAUUGCUCUUGGUUUCUUGGCGUUGGGAAGAGCUGGAUUUGCAGUAAAUCACAUGGAUAUCGCUCCAAGAUAUGCUGGAAUUGUGAUGGGGGUGUCAAAUACAGCUGGUACAUUGGCUGGCAUUGUUGGGGUGGAUCUCACUGGUCGACUUCUGGAAGCUGCUAAAACUGCUCAGUUGGACUUGACUAGCCCGGAUAGUUGGAAAGCAGUAUUUUUGAUACCUGGGAUGCUGUGCAUUUUUAGCUCUUUUAUUUUUCUUCUAUUUUCCACGGGGGAAAGAGUUUUUGACUGAAAAGAUGGUUAUUACUGCUUAGGAUGUAUGUAUUCUUAUUCAGGAGAUGGUUCUCCACAUACAACCCUAUUCUGGCAGAUUGAUCUGAUGCCCUUUUUCAGCCUUAUCCUUCUCCAUCAUGAAUGCAUAGCAAAAGUAUAUCAAAAGGUUCAAGACUCACAGUUUGGCUUGCUAUUUUUUGAAGUUAUCAUUGCAACUCCUGCAGAUUGCACCGAUUGAGGUGGAGUUUGCUCAUUUAGACUUUGAUGCCAUUUGUUGGAUGUCCUUUUACUACUUGUACUUGUAGCUUCAUGAUAGCCUUCCAAUUGGUUACUUGUUAUUUUACCUUCUUUUUUUUUUUAAUAACCUUGAGUUUAGGAUUGCAAUUUUUAGUUAGACAUUGUCCAGCUAUGGUUAAUUACUGGACUGAUUGAUUGGCAAUAGCAUUAAGAAAUUAGGAUAUUAGUUUAGCCUUCUGUAUUUAGUCAAAUGCCAUGUAACCAUUCAGAAUGCACUACUGAGGAAUGGUUCCAACAUCUUUUUUUUAUACAUUUUUAAAUUUUGCGAAUAUAUUUAUGAAGAGCGGUUCAAUUUAUAUCACCAUUUAACUUAUGAACAAUUGGUACAAGCCCAUCUGUAUUUGAUAAGUUUGCCUUUGUUGCAACAGCAAGUUCCGAGAUUUUCCUAUAUAUCCACAAAGGCGUUUUGACAUAUUGUUUAUUUUGACAGACAUAUUUAGAUGCAAUUGCAGGUUUUUCACUAGAAGCUCUGCACGUCCGCCCAUAUGCACAUGGGUGUAUUUUCUUACAACUGCUGUUUUAGUCAAUCAUGGAAGGUUUGACAUUAUAUAAACACAAAUGAGGUUGGAGUUGGAUAUAAAUGUUCUGAUUCUUUCUCCGUAGUUAGAGCAAAUUACUCAUGCUUAUAAAUUUUCUCAUUGAUGUGUUUGGUAAAUCCUUGACAUGCAGAUCUAAACUGAAUGAAAUUUGUAAACAGGCUUCGUUCUCUUGACUAGAUGUUUGACACUUUGACUUUAUUUCAAUAGUUUUUAAAACACCUGCAGUUGUUUCUUGUACAGCAUUCUGGGUUGGUAUGCCAGCAGCUAUUGAUCUCAAGUAGUUGCUUGUUUUGUCAAAUAAGAUUGUUAUAUUUGUGCUUGCUUUGUGCUACAGAUUGCCUUGGACUUAGGUUCACCACUAGACAAGAAGGCAUCUCGUGUUCAUCAACACAACCAGUGUAUCAAAAUUGUGGUUUGACCAAGAUUAGCUUACCACAUAUUAAUUAUCUUUCACUUACUAUUAUCUGGUUCUGGUCAAUUUUUUCUUGCAUAAUUUUUAUAUAUUCUUUCUGCUGUUAGUUUUGUACGUCUGCGCGAACAUUGGAGGAACUCAUAUAUUCAAACUCUGAUGAUGUGUGCCAAAAUUCUUUAUCUUGCUUUUGUUAUAGGUUUAUGAACUCUUUGACAUGCUUUCUUGGGGUGCUGUGUAUGGAAAUUUGCAGAAGCAAAUUCGGGAGAAAAUAAUGCCUUUGUGAAUCUACUUGACUCAUCGUCAACUGUUGGAAUUUAUGAAGGAGAUGGACUUUUUGAUACAAGCAUUAUGACAACGAGUACAAGAGAAUGCUAUCAAGUGAUUAUGAAGGUUUGUGGGACUUGGUGGUUAAUUGGACUCCUAGAUAUGUGAACCUGAUGCCUUAAUUCUGGCCUGAAUGGUAUAAAGUCGUUUUCCUGUUCACAACUUCUCCUGUCAUCAGAUUGGGCUGUCGGCAAAAGUAGGAGCAUUGGGAGCAGCAGAAAACGAGUUGAAGUGAAACUCACUACUAUACUAACAUACGAGGAUUUGGGUUCAAAUGAUUUCAAGAUAAUACAUUUUCUUGUUCUCUUGAGCUUGGAUAAUCAAACUAUUAUUUACAUUUGGGGUGUACAUAACGUCAAAAAUAAGAAGAGAAGUUGGUUGGUAGCUCAAA